AAGUCCGCCUCUGGGCGUCAGCAUGACUCCGGCUGAUCUCUGACUCCUCCGUGUGGGCGGAGCGAGGGCGGCGUUAAAGACAGCUCGAGCCCCGCGGCAAUCCGUGGAUCCCGGCCUGGGCGUCGUCUGUACACAUCACCGCAGCUGCGUAGGAAACAAGCACGAAAACAGCACUUCACCCAGGGAGCUCGGAGGUGGCUGUUAUAUAAACAAAAAACUUAUAUAAAACAUUAAAAAAAUGCAUUCAGUCACCCUGGACGGCAGCGGCUCCCCGAAGAAACGAUCGUUUUCUCGGGGAAUGAGCGAGGAUGAGUCUCUGCGCAGCAUCAUAAAGGAGUCUGACAGCUCAUCCAGGCGCCUUACACGAAGCGACAGCCGGGCAGGCACCCUGAAGAAGAGGAGUGACAGUCAGCAGUCUGACCAGGACCUCUUAAUGGGACUCCCAGAAAUGCUGGAGCUGCAGGCCAGCUAUGACGAGGUGGUGCAGGAGCUGCGUGGGCUGGAGGUCGAGCGAGAGGCUCUGUUGUUCCAGGUGGACGUCCUGCAGGACACACUGGAGGGUGUAGAGGAGCUGCUGGCCGAGGCCCAGAGGGAAGCUGGACAGGCUAGUUUGGAGUUGGAGCGAGAGAGGGAGGCCAAGAAGAAACUGGAGAGCAUGGUGUGCUCCUUGAUGCAAGAGGUGGAGAGAUUAAAAGAGGAAAGGGAUACCAAAUCAUCUGUUCCUGUGAACACCCAUGAAAGUGUGGACGGGGAAACGAGACAGGGACGGCGAAUGAAAAACGAUGCCAAGGAAAUGAUUCAGGCUGCAACCAGAGACGAAAAGGACUCCUCCCCGUCUGAACUUCACAGCAGUGAAAGCAGCACAGCCGUGCCGUCAUCUGAGGAAGCCAAACAGGAUGAAGGGGCAGAGGAUGAGGGGAGCGUCUUGGCGAAGCCACGAAGGAUUGUCAGUAAGCCCCUGGGCCACGUGCCCUCCCUCGCACUGGACAACCCAGGCUCUGAAGACGGGGUCCUCCGGAGGCCUUACAAAGACAGCGAUGAGGACGGACGGGAUCCUUCUCCGGACAGGAACGACUCAGACAGCACAAGUGCCUACGAGGACGCAUCUGCUGAGACUCCGGAGCGGGACCAGAUCUUCCCAGGUGACGCAGACUCUCUGGAGCUGCCUGAUGACUCAGCAGCUAAAGAGGGAAGUCUGACUAACAGCUGCGAGGGGGAACUCCAAGACCCCAAAAACCCUGAGCUCUGCGUUGUGUCUUAACUUCAUUUGUUUUAUCUACUAGGGCAAAAGGUCACAUAUAGUUAUUGAUUAUUUGAUAAAAUUCAAGAGCUCUUUGAUUUUCAGUUCAAACACCUUUGAUAUUUAUGUCCUUAGAAAACUUUGAGGUCAACUAUAACGUUCAGAGUUUUUAAAACACUGUAGUUUUACAACAAAAAAAAAAACUCAGGAUCCAGGUGGUUUACUAGCUGCAAUCCCACUCAUGACUACUUUAUAUCAUUUGCCAAUAAGUAAAUUUCUUUUUGAUACGUCUUAACUUUUUUUUUUUUUUUUUUCUACGUGAUGAGACAUGGAAAAUACUCCAUGCUGCUUUAACUGUUUAUCUGUUUGGUAAUCUUUUAAGAAGGUUAGUUUGUUUACGUAACAGCUGCCAGGACACAAAGCAGAAUUUACUUGUAUACAAAAUACAUUGAGCUCCAUAAGUAUUUGGACAGAGACUGUUCCUGUCUCCAACUAUAACUACAUUACAUUACUUUUUUUCUUUUCUUUUUUUUUCAAAAAGGGAUGAGUGCAAGCUGUAAUAUGUUUGUCUCAUAUACCUGAAAGAUAAGAUCAAUUUAAAAUGAUCUGCAUUUAAAGAUAUGCAGUCUGGCUUUCGUCAGUUGCAGAGCUCACUGUAAAGAAGCUUUAGGUCAUGUUUGACAUUGAUGAUUGAUUUUUGGAAGUUAAUAUCAGAUAUAAAUGUUAAUAGGGUCAUAAGAUAAGGAUUUUUUAGAAAGGGAAAAUGCUUCACUGAUCUUCACAAGAACAGUUAUUUUUUUAUACUUCAUAUGCUCCUUUUUUUUUUUUUUUAAUAAUUUUGAGGAUUUAGGACAAUUGAUUUGGCUGCAUUUGCACUUUUUAAAAUUCUUGUAUUGUGGCAUAAAUUUGUCAGAUUACAUUAGAAACAACAUUCCCUUAACAACCAAACCCGUCAGUGAGGAAUAAUCAGCUGACCAGCGGCAGGCUGUAUUCUCUCUGCCUGCAUGAUACUACUGUAUGUUUGCACAUUUGCAGUGGAUCUUGCUGAAAUGAGUCUCUUUGGAUGUCUUCGACUGCUGUACACACUUUAUAUUUAAUCAUAAGGAAUUGCAAUUUUUUAUGUUUAUUUUUUACAAUGUUACAAUUCAUUUUUUUUAUGCUUGAGGCAAGAAUGGGCCCAUCCACCUCCUUUAUUAUUGAUAGUUUGCAUGAGCACCUAAGAAUGUAUAUUGAUUUCCAAACUGCACAUGAAUUGAUCUGUCAUUCUUAGUACUUUUGCACACAGUACUUUCACGCAUAAUUCAAGUAAUACUUUGAUCUACAUUAUUUACUGCAAGAAUUUGUUUUAAAGGGAUUUUCAAAAUCAUUAGUUUCUGCAGAUCAUGCAUUAUUCUGUCAUUCUUUUUUUUUUAAGGUGGAGCCUUUGCAAAAUUAAUUGCAAUUAUGAGGAAACACAUUGUGUAACACUCAUCUUUUUUAUAAAAUGUAAAGUCCCAAGAACUAAUUUGUACAUGAAUGUUUGCAGUUGCUUCAUUUAGCUGCAUAUCAUCUUGUGGGUUUAAGCCUAUAUUUUGAAUUUUGUAUACUGUCUCAUUUGUCUUUUGUAUCUCUUUUCUCAGUCUGAUCUCAACAUAACGCUGGUUCUAAUGCUAAUACUUGAUUAUCUGUUGUGCUGUCUACCGUGAUGCACAGAGCAUCCGAGAAUCAAACAGCUUAGAUGACUGUUUGAUGCUGUUUUUCCACAAAGUGAGUUGAUAGGAUGUUACUGUUACUGUUAUACACAGGUGCUGGAGUGGUGGCAUUAUUGUUAUCUUGAACAAUCAGGUCAUUCGCAACCAACACGUCUGACAUUUCUGAUUAAACAUCCACAGUCAGUGGUUGUUUAUGUUGUUGUUGUUGUUUUAUUUUCCUCUUCAUUUCCUUCCCUAUCAAGGGAUUUGGUUUGUUAUGAGUCACUUAAGUUACAUCACUCUUAAGUUCUUAUGUUAAAUUGAUCAAACAUCAUGUUUAAAAGUUCAUUUCACAAUGUGUAGGGAAAUUACUUCCCUGACACUGGCACAGUUUGACAUUUUGAGCACACAUCAAUGAUUUUUUUGAUAAGUAAUCAAAUUGUUUUCACACAACAAUGCAAAAAAUGUUGCCUUGCUGUAAUGUCUUUAAUGGGUCCAAAUAUUUUUUGACUUGUCUUAAACUUUGAAUUAAAUGUUCAGAUGUGACAGUAAAUGACAUAAAUUUAUACUUGUAACUGAAAAUACAUUACAGACAUAUCACAAUAAAAGGAGUGAAUAAUGCUGA